AUGGACGCUUCCCAGCAAGAGUUCGAGGAGGAGGAAGUUAUCAGUGGGACUGGCGAAGGGGAUGAAAUAAUGGAGGAGGCCGAAGAAGGUUAUACCUCAUCUACACCGACAUCGACAUUAACUUGGAUCAGCUGGUUCUGUUCAUUACCUGGCCAUGAAUACUUUUGCGAAGUCACCGAGGAUUUUAUUGAGGACGAUUUCAAUCUCACCGGUUUGAAUACGAUGGUACCAUUCUGGAAGGAGGCUAUGGAGAUGGUGUUAGAUGUCGAGCCCGAUGAAGAGGCAGCCAAAAUCCCAGACGUUUCAAUCGUCGAAUCAUCCGCCGAGAUGCUUUACGGACUCGUACAUCAACGAUACAUCCUCACGCGCGUCGGUCUUCAAGCUAUGGUAGACAAAUACGAAGCUGGCAUAUUUGGCUCCUGCCCAAGAGUGUACUGCGUGGGAUGCAACGUGGUUCCAUGCGGUAGAUCAGACUUGCCAGGGCUCGAGACGGUCAAACUCUUCUGUCCCAAUUGCAAUGAUAUCUAUAGUCCUCCCAGUAGUCGAUUCCAAGGCGUAGACGGCGCAUUUUUCGGAACAACCUUUGCCCAUCUCUUCUUCCAAACAUAUAAAGAGCUCGCUCCCGCCCCGUUCUGGAAAGCCCCUGCCUCCACCACCGCUUUAGCAGCCGCGAGCUCAUCACCACGGAGCAGUAAUGGGUCUGUCUCGCGUGGGGGUUCCACUUCGUUCGAAAAUCCCAAUCCCCACGGAGGUCAGAAACGUGCGGCAGGUUACGUUUAUGUACCCAGGAUAUACGGCUUCAAAGUCAGCGAGCGAGCGAAAUCUGGGCCGAGGAUGCAUUGGUUAAGAUUGCGGCCCGAAAGUCCUGAGGAACUGGAUAUGGUGGAUUGGAGAGGGAGAUGGAUCGAUGAAGAUGAAGAGUAUGACGACGACGAAGAGGAGGAGGAGGAGGACAGACGGAUGGAGGAUUUCGAUCCGGAUGGUGUGGACGAAGAUGAUGAUGACGACGAGGAAGAGGAAGAGGAGGAACCUGGUGUUGCAAAGGGAAAAAUGGCUAAUAGCAGCACACCUGGAGGACGAAAAUAUGGUACGAAGCCGGCAUCGACAAUCAUACCUGAAUCCCUACUACACUCGGUGAGGACUGCACCCACAGCUAAUACACUUCAUAUUUCGUCGCAUCAGUUGCAACAAAUACGUGGUUCUUCCGGAGGACAAGUACGGAUGGUCAGACAACAAGUGGCCCCUGUUGGUGGAUAA